GGUGCCCCAGUCCCAGCCGCCCUCCAGCCGGGAUCCGACGUCGGACGCGCCGCGGUGGUGCUGCUCCAGCUCCCCUGACUGUCGCCUGCGCCUCCGCGCUAGGCACGCGGCCCCCGCGCCCGGAGUUCUACCCGACCGCCCUGCGCGGCCCCGGCUUGCCUCCCCAGAGCGCCAUCCGUUGCGCCCCGCUCGCUGCUCCCCGGCACUCUCGGGGGGUCCGCCCGCCCUGCACCCUGGAGCAUCGGGCCGCGAGCCUCUGCCAACUCCUCUGGAUCUUCGCGGCCGUGGGCAGCGGCUGCAGGGCCUGUCCGCCCGAGGGAGGACCCACACCGCUGCGUUUGCCCUGCCACUCUGGCUCUGCUGCCCACCCGUUGGGUAACACGGGCCUCCCAGGAACAUGGCAGACGAAGACCUCAUUUUCCGCCUGGAAGGUAUUGACGGCGGCCAGACCCCCCGGGCUGGUCAUGACGGUGACUCUGAGGCCGACAGCGAUGAUGAGGAAGGUUACUUCAUCUGCCCCAUCACCGAUGACCCCAGGUCUCACCAGAAUGGCAAUUUCAAGGUUAAUAACUACUCCAGCAACCUAACGAAGAGUGAACAGUAUGGCUCCAGCGGGUCCCCCGCAAGCUCCUUCCAUUUUAAGGAAGCUUGGAAGCAUGCAAUCGAGAAGGCCAAACACAUGCCCGACCCCUGGGCUGAGUUCCACCUCGAGGAUAUUGCCACAGAAUGUGCCACGCGUCACAGAUACAAUGCUGUCACCGGGGAGUGGCUACAAGAUGAGGUUCUGAUCAAGAUGGCAUCUCAGCCCUUCGGCCGUGGAGCGAUGCGGGAGUGCUUCAGAACGAAGAAGCUCUCCAACUUCCUGCACACUCAGCAGUGGAAGGGGGCCUCCAACUAUGUGGCAAAGCGCUACAUCGAGUCUGUGGACAGGGACGUGUACUUUGAGGAUGUGCGUCUACAGAUGGAGGCCAAGCUCUGGGGAGAGGAGUAUAAUCGGCACAAGCCCCCCAAACAGGUGGACAUCAUGCAGAUGUGCGUGGUGGAGCUGAGGGACAGACCCGGCAAGCCUCUCUUCCACCUGGAGCACUAUAUCGAGGGCAAGUACAUCAAGUACAACUCCAACUCGGGCUUCGUCCGCGAUGACAACAUGCGCCUGACACCACAGGCCUUCAGCCACUUCACGUUUGAGCGUUCUGGGCAUCAGCUGAUUGUGGUAGACAUCCAGGGUGUGGGCGACCUCUACACGGACCCACAGAUCCACACCGAGAAGGGCACUGACUUUGGAGAUGGCAACCUAGGUGUCCGGGGGAUGGCGCUCUUCUUCUACUCUCAUGCCUGCAACCGGAUUUGCAAGAGCAUGGGCCUCGCUCCCUUUGACCUCUCGCCAAGAGAGAGGGACGCCGUGAACCAGAACACCAAGCUGCUGCAAUCGGCCAAGACCAUCUUGAGGGGAACAGAGGAAAAGUGUGGGAGCCCCCGAGUAAGGACCCUCUCUGGGAGUCGCCCCCCACUGCUCCUUCGCCUUUCAGAGAACUCUGGAGAUGAGAACAUGAGCGACGUGACCUUUGACUCUCUCCCUUCUUCCCCGUCUUCGGCCACACCACACAGCCAGAAACUGGACCACCUCCAUUGGCCUGUGUUCAGUGACCUUGACAACACGGCACCCCGAGACCACGACCAUCUGGACAACCACCGGGACUCUGAAAACAGUGGAGACAGUGGCUACCCCAGUGAGAAGCGGGGUGAACUGGAUGACCCAGAGCCCCGCGAACAUGGCCACUCAAACGGUAACCGGAGGUACGAGUCAGACGAAGACAGCCUGGGCAGCUCCGGACGGGUCUGCGUGGACAAGUGGAAUCUCCUUAACCCCUCCCGCCUCCACCUGCCGAGGCCUUCCGCCGUGGCCCUGGAAGUGCAGAGGCUUAAUGGUCUGGACCUUGAGAAGAAAAUCGGGAAGUCCAUUCUGGGGAAGGUGCAUCUGGCCAUGGCGCGCUACCAUGAGGGUGGGCGCUUCUGCGAGAAGGACGAGGAGUGGGACCGAGAGUCAGCCGUCUUCCACCUGGAGCACGCAGCCGACCUGGGCGAGCUGGAGGCCAUUGUGGGUCUGGGGCUCAUGUGCUGCCAGCUGCCCCACCACAUCCUCGCUGAUGUCUCUCUGAAGGAAACAGAAGAGAAUAAAACCAAAGGAUUCGAAUACUUACUGAAGGCGGCUGAAGCUGGCGACAGACAGUCCAUGAUCCUGGUGGCUCGGGCUUUUGACACGGGCCAGAACCUCAGCCCAGACAGGUGCCAGGACUGGCCGGAGGCUCUGCACUGGUACAACACUGCCCUGGAGAUGACGGACUGUGAUGAGGGCGGUGAGUACGACGGGAUGCAGGAUGAGCCUCGGUACACGCUGCUGGCCAGGGAGGCGGAAAUGCUGUUCACUGGCGGCUGCGGGCUCGAGAAGGACCCACAGAGAUCAGGCGACUUGUACACGCAGGCAGCCGAGGCAGCGAUGGAAGCCAUGAAGGGCCGGCUGGCCAACCAGUACUACCAGAAGGCGGAGGAGGCCUGGGCGCAGAUGGAGGAGUAGCUUGCCAGGAAAAUCCCGGCCGGCCAGUCCCAAGCAGAAGCGCUAAGACAGGAGGAAAAAAAGACUUACUGCCUUGCUUAGGGGGUGUUUGGAGGGGAGGGGCAAGUAUUUUUAAUGUGUUGUAAAUCAACUUUUGUAUUUCGUUGUCUGACUCUUGAAAAUGUCUUUGCUAUUAGCGAAGACACUACAGUUGCCCCUUAGGGCAGCAUCUUGGGGAGCGGGGAUUGAAAAAGCCCCCCAAUUUUUAUUUUUAUUUUUGUCAUGAGAUAUAAGAAAGUGCUUUUCUGCCAUGGGUUAAAAAUGGGGCUUUGGGCUUUGCUCGCCAGCUUUUUCAGGCUGAACUGAAAUGAAAUAUCGGGCCCACAGAACUUGUUUCCUGAGCUGUUAUGGGGAAGGUAGAGCUGCACCGUAGCUUUCCGCGGCGUGUGGAUUAUGUCUUAGUGCAGAGCCCUACCUCUCAGAGCACUUGGGAGCACGCAUGGCAUCCUUCUGCGGAUAUGCGAUUGCACAGUACCCAGGCCCCCUUCAGCUCUUGGCAAAAGCCUACACACUGUUCACUAAUCUCUGCUCUUGGCAAAGGCCUAUACACUGACCGUUCACUAAUCUCAUUUAAUUUUCUUCCCAAAUGCAACUGAUUUUCUGGAAUACAGCCAAAUUCCAUCUUUCAGCAUGCUUUUUACAGUGGGCUUUAUAAAGCAGGUUUGAUUUUUUUUUUUUUUUUUUUUUUGUAUGCACACAUUUACUACCUCUAACUUCUCCAGCUAGUGUAGAAGUGGGUGCACCUCAAAUCUUUAACGUGUGAGGACAGCUGUUUGGAAUUGGAGCCUUUCCUCCAAGCAGACAUACAUAACUUCACAUCUCAGUGGCAGCAUCCACAGUGUUUAACCCAAGUAUCUCUGUACAGUGUUCCUCUGUGGUUCCUUAGCAUCUGACAUUCUGACGUUCCUAUGUAGGCUCUGUAUGUACCCCAGCCCCUGUCCUUGCCAUUUUCUGCUUGAAGCUGCGCUGAUUUUCUUGCAAAUUGCAGCAGGAUGAUUUCAGCAGCAGCCCCUUGAGAUUUGUCUAAAAUGUUUUGAGGAUGAGAGGGCAAGAACUAUAAACACUCAUUAGUUCCAGUAGUUUCCCCAGGGCCAGGCAGUGGCUCUGUAUUUAAUGAGCUUUCCCUUGAAAAGGAGUAAGAUUUGGGGCACCUGGGUAGCUCAAUGGGUUAAAAAGCCUCUGCCUUCGGCUCAGGUCAUGAUCCCAGGGUCCUGGGAUCCAGCACCACAUCGGUCUCUCUGCUCUGCGGGAGCCUGCUUCCCCCUCUCUCUCUCUCUCUGCCUGCCUCUCUACCUACUUGUGAUCUCUGUCUGUCAAAUAAAUAAAUAAAAUCUUAAAAAAAAAAUCAAAACCAAACAAAACGAAAGCAGGACGUGACGUACAAACUGUUCUUAUCUGUCCGUUAAAACAGCUCUUUCAACACAUUACUGUUAAGUGUUGUGGAGUCGUGAACCCGUGCCAGCAUUUGAACCUUUAGUUCCAAAGUUCAGAGUGUGCACUAGGGAAAAAAAAAAUCAAGCACGCUCAGAAUUACCCUUGAAAAAAAUCCUUUAGAACGUCUGUAAAUUACAGGUUCCCUCAUUUUUUGUGUAUGGAUUCACCACAACCAGCUUCCUUUCUAAGUGGGGACUGAUCACCCCUUUUUCAUUUGCACCCCAUCAAGGGGGUUUGGCUUAUGUUAGGUUUUUCGUUUGUGUGUUUUAAACCAGUGCAUACAGUUAGUUAAAUUGCAUACGGUAAAUGUAAGUGAGAAGCGGCUUGAUUGUGACUUGACUUCUUACCUUCUGUAAAGGGCCAGGUAGUAAAUAUCGUAGGCUUUGUGGAUCCUAGGGUCUCUGUCGUAACUACUCAGCCCUGCUGUCGUAGUGAAGAAACACCCAGGAACAGUAUGUAAAUGAAUGAGCUUGGCUGAUGUUCGAGUAAAACUUUUCUUACCAAAACAGCCUGCCUAGGCAGUGGUUUGCCCAUUCGGCUGUAAGCCUUGACUAGGGGGUUACUGUAGUACAACCAGAAGUCAAAAGUGAUACCAGUUUUUCAGCUUCCAGUGCUCAAAAACACAGUGCCUUGGCAGAGGAAGCCCUUGGAGAUAAAUGUGUGAGCAAACGGAGAGCCAGCCCUAGUCACAGCACCUGAUCCGUGGCUCUGUGUCUUCCUCCCAGUUAAUGAUUUGUUGUCCCAAUUGGCUUACAGUGUCAUUUCUCCAGUUCCAACCUACGCACCUCCACGCCCUUAACUCAGCCAGCUUCUCUUCCAGGAGGCUGGGAUGGCCUGGAUAGAGAGCUUAGCAAAUGCUUAUUGAAGACCAGUGAGAGUCAAAUGAUCUGUGUGAUGCCCAGAUUGAUCUGAGCCAGUAGAAGAGCUUAUCCCACCUUCAAAACCUAGUUUUGUGCCUGUUAAAGCUGGUGAGGGCAUUCCCCUCCCACCCCCACAGAUUCUGGGCAUGCAGAAACAAAAGACAACCCCAGGACAUUCCAGCCCAACUGGGAAGACAUUAGAGACCAUCUUCAAGGGCAAGAACAGGUUCAGGAGAUCAGCAAAGUCUGGGAUAUGUCCUGUAUCUUCCAUCACAGAUGGAGAAACCAAGGUUUUGAAAGAUAAAUUCUCACAGUGACCCUGCUGGUUAGCAGCUAGCUACAGCUAGGAUUUGAAAGCUGCUGUUACUUAGAGGAUCCUGGGAAUAAAAUUUAAAAUUAGAUUAGAGUGUAAUGUCCCUUUCAGGUUUGCUGUAGGUUUUUUAUUUUGUUUUGUUUUUUAAGCAGACUUUAUGUUUGUAAAAGGGGAAAAAAAAAUCUCAAACCCCUGGACAUCUGAAAACCACCCCCCUCUGCCCUCCCCUGAGGCACUGUGGGGAUUCAUCUUCAAAUGCAAACUUGGGGAACCAAGCCAGGUAAAGUACCCUCCUUGCUAUCUUAAUGACUUCCUUUCAUCCCAGCACAUUUGUCUGUGGUACUGGACAUGCUUUACAAAUGGACACAUGUUUACAAAGGCAUAUGCAGCUUGUGUGGGGGAAAGGAGACAAAAUAUGCAUUUUCUCUGCAUGGAUUUGUGCCUGUUACUCCUAUUUCUACUCUCAAGGUAACCAUUUAACCCAGACAAGGUGGACCCUGGGUGGCGCCCAGGGGAGUGGCCUGUGUUACAAAUUUAUUUUUGCAUAUGUAUUCACUUCCAUAUGGUCUUUUCAAAUAAAGUGGUUUCUUUGUUUUCCCUUUUGAA